AUGGACUAAGGGCGUGAAAAUAAACAGGUUAACGUUACGACUCUUAUUCUUCGAAUCAAUUACUAAAAAUUAUAAAUAAAUCCUAAAGAUUAAUUUUGAUUGGUGUUUUAAUAUCAUAUUAUUUUAUUAUUAUUUACACGAUAAAAUAAUUUUAAAACCAUCUUCGACCCCUUACAACCAAUUUUAACUACGCCCAUUACAACAAAUGGUUGGAAUAUAAACAAACGCUUUUGAUUUUUACUCUUAACUUAAAAUGGAAACUUGCGGCCUUAUUUAUGUAAGCGGGGACUACGAAAAGUUCCUAAUGCGCUGCAACCACUGUCCCACGGACUUGGAAGUGGCCCAGUGGCAGGAGUUCGUGCAGCACGUUAGGAACGUGCAUAGGAAAGAUAUGAUCAUAGAACAGUUCAUCCAAAAUGAAGAUGAGACUGAAUUUUUAAAAAGUAGUGCGCAAUCUGGGAUGGUAGAACCGGCGGAGAAGGAUAAAAUGGUCGAGGAAUCAGAGGAGGACGCCAAUAUAGAAAUGGAAAUAAGGACAAUUGGAUCAUCCAAUUACGCGACAGAGGAGUCUGAUGCAUCCGAGUCUUCAGAACACGAGGAAUUCGAUCAGGAGAUGGAACGUAGUAAGCUAACUAUAGAGGAAGCAAAUUCAAAAUCUCCGCCCACAUACAAGUUUCAUCCAUCCUUCUUUCGACGGGAUCCCCGAACUCUGAAGUUCAUAGAUAUUUACAAAACACACCCGUGCCUCUGGAACACUACCCACAGCGAGUACAAAAACCCGAGAACUUGUGAGGAAGCCGUAAAACAGAUGCUUGCUGAUUUGGAGGGUAAGGUGGGCAUUUUCUUGAACGAAAUCACUUUAAAGUUGGCCAUCAAGAAGAUCCACAUGCAGUUCAAUAUCGUCCACAAGCGAGUGCUCUCUGGAAAACAGAAGCCUCAGUCAUUGGCCUUUAGUGUAUAUACUUUCUGCAGCUUCCUUAAGGCUAGCAGCGAUGAGGAAGACGCUAACAAAAACGAAAAAAUCAAGUUGGAUUUCUCUAAAAAAAACAAAGUGACUACCGACCUGAUAGAGAUGUAUGCCAACUUUCCGCAGCUGUAUGACUCGACGCACAAAGAGUUCUCCACCAUGAGCUCCCGAAAACAGGCUUACGAAAGUAUGGCCGCGGAAAUAUCAAUUCCCAAUAUCGACAUCAACAGCGAUGACAUCUUCCGCGCCAUCCAAAAUCUCCGCCAGUGGUACUACAAGAGCACCAAGCAUGCUAUUAACGCUGGAAGUGAGGCGGAGAAAUUUUACCUAGAGGUGUGCCGGUUUAUGCCGCCAAGGAUGUUCAAGCAGCGGCUAGUAUGCGAGUUCUGCCACCAAGUCACGUCCUCCGAUCAUGUCCUGCAAUCACAUAUCUUUAAAGCGCACAAUAUCGGUGAGUUACCGUUUAAGUGCUCUCUUUGCGACCGGAGUUUUGUGGGUCGUGGCGAACUGUCGAACCACAUUCAGCGGGUCCACAUCGGGAAAACACACAAGUGCACCCACUGUGAUCGGACUUUCGCUGUUCUUUCGGAUCUGCAGCUGCACAUCCGUACCCAUACGGGUCACAAGCCUUACGUUUGCGAGCACUGCGGCAAGGCUUUCCGGCUCAGGUCACAAAUGACGCUCCACGUUACGGCCAUUCACACCAAGAUUAGGGCCUUUAAGUGCACCAUGUGUCCCAAGGACUUUGUAAAAAAGGUUGAUUUGUCGGAUCACAUCAAAGGUCAUCUUAAUAUCCGCGACAAAAUCUGCGGUGUUUGCGGCAAAGGUUUCACCAGCUGCCAUGCUCUUAUCCGCCAUCGGCAGAUCCACGCCGAGGUGAAAAAGUUUGUGUGCAAACUUUGCGACUCUCGGUUCUCCCAAUUUGUGGGUCUUAAUACGCAUAUGAAGCGCACCCACAACAUCGUUCGAAACAACUCACAAAAGGCAAGAGAUGCAGUAGACGCCGAACCUUUAUAGUUACAUAUAGCAUGCUGAUCAUGUUGCAAUAAAAAUUGUACAAACCAA